AUGGCUACAUGUGUUGGCGGCAAUCUGAAUGUCAAAAAACAAACAUUAGUCGAACACGCUGGACCCAAGCCGUUGGACGUCAAACCCGUUGGACGUCGAAGCCGUUGGAUGAGCGCAUUAACCCGUUGGAAGUCGAACACGCCGGACCCAAACCCUCGAACAUGCUGGACCCAAACCCGUUGGAUGUCGAACCCGUUGGAUGAGGAUGUCGUACAGGCUGGACCCAACCCCGUUGGACGUCAAACGCCGUCCAAGGAGCGCUUUAGCCCAUUGGGACCCCAAACUCCUUGGGAUGACCGCAUCACCCCUGUUGGAAGUCUGAACACGCUGGGAACGAAAACCCGUUGGACUUUCAAACGCAUCUCCAAGAGCCCGGUGAACCCGUUGGGAGUUGAACAAGCUGCACGAACCCCGAUUGUACUGCGAAAACCGUUCACGGACCAAAUUUAA